AGGUGGAACCGAGCAAGAGUUAUUACUUCUAUAAAGCACAUUGACAGGUGAAAGAUGGAAUAAGUUGUCGAUGCUGAAAAGAUUGUAAAAGAAUACAACAUUAGAAACAACAACAACAACUGUCUGGAAGGAGGUUAAAGUUCUCCAUGUGAAGACCGUCUGAGGGGAAGUCGGCCAUGAUGGCGAGCAGGCAGAUCAACGUCAAGCGGGCCCUCGCUCUCGCAAAAGCCUUCAACUUCCUGCACUCCUGCGCCACUUCCUGUCUGCUGCCCUUCCUGACGCUCUACUUCCGCCGGCUAGGCCUGGCUCCCGAAAUGACGGGCGUGGUCAUGGGCGCCAAGCACCUGGUGUCGUUGGCGUGGCGCCCGCUGGCCAGCCUGAUGGCGAGGUUCUACGACAAGAGGCGGGCGGUGAUAAACGGCUCGGUGGCGUGUUCCGCCGCCGUCGCCCUGAUCCUGCUUCUCUUCCCGCCUGUCGACCCGCCCGCACAAUCCAGCACGUGCGGCAACGUGUCCCGUCCCAUGGUCCCCGCGAACGCCACCCGCGGCGCGGUAACGUGGCACAUUCCUGUCGGAGGCGGGAACAGCACCUUGGCGAGGAGCAGGAGGUCCGAGGAGGACUUCCUGGUGAUGGACGUCCAGCACCAGCUCUUCUUCCUGGUGCUCAUCACCGUGUGCGUGUGGGAGCUGGUGGCGGCCCCGCUGGACUGGACGGCGGACGACGGCCUCUACGACUACUUGGACUUCGCCGACGCCUCCGACCACUACAGCAGCACGGGGGCGUGGCCUCUACUGGGGGCGGCGUGUGGCGCGGCAGGCGCGGGGCUGCUGGUCAGCCGGUUGGACUGCGUCCUCUCCGGGCGAACCCCCCGCAGCGCCGCCCACUUCUUCUGCUACGCUGGCGUGUCCGCGCUGGCCUUGCCGCUCGCCGCCGUCCUGCCGCUGCACUUGAACAAAGAGCGCAGGAAGGCGCUGCUGAAAGCGGCACGGUUGGUGCGCAGUUCCAGGCGGGCCCUGCUGUGCGCCGUCACCGCUGCGCUGGCGGGAAUGGCGUGCUCGGCGGUGGACGACUUCCUGCUGUGGCAGAUGCAGGAUCACGGCAGCACGGAGCUGCACAUGGGGGCGUGUCUUGGCGCGGCGUGGCUCUCGCAGGCCGCCUUCCCUUUCCUGGCCGGCCAGGUAUCCAGGCUGGUCACGCCAGCGAAGGUACUCUCGCUGGCGGCGGCCGUUCUGGCGUCGCAGUGUUUGUAUUACUCCUUCCUGUGGGGGGCGUGGGCCGCGCUGCCCGCCCAGCUGCUCGGCUGCUUCGGGCGCGGCGCCCUCUGGUGGGCGGUGAGGGCGCAGGGCGACGACGUGGCCACGCCGGGAGCGGAGAGAAGCGUGAAGAUGCUCUACGAGGCGCUCUCCCGGGACUUAGGGGGCGCGCUCGGAAGCUUCGCCGGAGGCUUCGUGGUCCGCCAUUAUGGAGUGGCGUGGCUCUUCAGGGGAGCGGCGGCCACUCUGGCGGUGUGGUGUGUGUGCUUGCCUCUGCUGCAGUGGAACAGUCCCCGCCAGCACCGGAUCAACUACUCCCGCCUUUUGGCGGCGGACGCCAGCGAUACCAGCGACACGGACUCCGAACAGGAGAGAGACUGGCUUGAUAGAGCGAUGGCGGACGACCGCAGGGAGAACAAAAACUACGGAAGGAGGCGGCGUGACUAACCUCAGCAAAAGGGAAACAUCGGAAUAUAGAAAUAACGCCUCGAAGGAUGGGCGAUAUCGCCUAAAAUCUAAAAUUAUAUUAGUGUGUAUAUAUUUAAGCGUGUGUGUGUGUAUGUAUGUAUGUGUGUGUAUAUAUGUAUGUAUAUAUAUAUAUAUAUAUAUAUAUAUAUACACACACACACAAACCCCGUUUCCAUAUGAGUUGGGAAAUUUUGUGUUAGAUGUAAAUAUAAAUACAAUGAUUUACAAUCCAUUUCAACCCAUAUUCAGUUGAAUGCACUAGAAAGACAAGAUAUUUGAUGUUCAAACUCAUAAACUUUAUUUUUUUUACAAAUGAUAAUUGACUUAGAAUUUCAUGGCUGCAACACGUGCCAAAGUAGUUUGGAAAGGGCAUGUUCACCACUGUGUUACAUCACAUUUUCUUUUAACAACACUCAAUAAACAUUUGGGAACUGAGGAAACUAGUUGUUCAAGCUUUGAAAGUGGAAUUCUUUACCAUUCUUGCUUGAUGUACAGCUUAAGUUUUUCAACAGUCCAGGGUCUCUUCUGUCGUAUUUUACGCUUCAUAAUGCGCCACACAUUUUCAAAGGGAAACAGGUCUGGACUGCAGGAGGGCAGGAAAGUACCCACACUCUUUUAUUACAAAGCAACACUGUUGUAGCACGUGGCUUGGCAUUGUUUUGCUGAAAUAAGCAGGGGCGUCCAUGAUAACGUUGCUUGGAUGACAACAUAUGUUGCUCCAAAACCGGUAUGGACCAUUCAGCAUUAAUGGUGCCUUCACAGAUGUGUAAGUUACCCAUGCCUUUGGGCACUAAUACACCCCCAUACCAUCACAGAUGCUGGCUUUUGAACUUUGCGCCUAUAACAAUCCGUCCACAGUUUCCAAAUAUAAUUUGAAAUGUAAACUCGUCAGUCCACAGAACACUUUUCCACUUUGCAUCAGUCCAUCUUAGAUGAGCUCGGGCGCAGCGUAGCUGGCGGCGUUCUGGGUGUUGUUGAUAAAUGGGUUUCGCUUUGCAUAGUAGAGUUUUAACUUGCACUUACAGAUGUAGCGGCCAACUGUAGUUACUGACAGUGGUUCUAUGAAGUGUUCCUGAGCCCACUGAUGUCUGGUUUUGAUGCAGUACCGCCUGAGUGAUCAAAGAUCCGUAAGCGCUUUGAGUACCUUGAAGGUAGAAAAGCGCUAUACAAGUACAACCCAUUUAUAUAAUCGCUUACGUGCAGUGAUUUCUCCAGAUUCUCUGAACCUUUUGAUAAUUUUACAGAACGUAGAUGUUGAAAUCCCUAAAUUGCAAUGGCUCGUUGAGAAAUGUUCUAAAACUGUUCGACAAUUUGCUUACAAAGUGGUGACCCUAGCCCCAUCCUUGUUUGUGAAUUACUUAGCAUUUCAUGGAAGCUGUUUUUAUACCCAAUCAUGGCACCCACCUGUUCCCAAUUAGCUUGCACACCUGUGGGGUGUUCAAAAUAAGUAUUUGAUGAGCAUUCCUCAACUUUAUCAGUAUUUAUUGCCACCUUUCCCAACUUCUUUGUCACGUGUUGCUGGCAUCAAAUUCUAAAGUUAAUGAUUAUUUGCAAAAAAAAAAAAAAGUUUUUUUUAUCAGUUUGAACAUCAAAUAUGUUGUCUUUGUAGCAUAUUCAACUGAAAAUGGAUUGAAAAUGAUUUGCAAAUCAUUGUAUUCUAUUUACAUCUAACACAAUUUCCCAACUCAUAUGGAAACA